AUGGCUUCCAACGGCGCGCAGGCGACUUUUCCGCCGGAGCAGGUGCUCGAGGCCAUGUUGACGAUGCGCAGCAAUGAUGCAGACCGGAAGAAGAGCGCGCACAAGUUCCUCGAGGAGUUUCAGAAGUCGUCAAGUGCUUGGACCACAACAUUUUCCAUACUGCAAUCGGAUGCUGAGGCCGAUGUCAAGCUGUUUGCAGCGACAACGCUCAGGGGCAAGAUAACAUACGAUCUAGCAACGCAAAUACCCGCCGAACAACAUGUGGCAGUUCGAACCCAGCUAUUGGAACUCCUCAAGGUGUACGCACCUGGCCCCAAGCCCAUCAGAGUUCAACUUUGCGUCUGCCUUGCGAUACUGGCUAUUCAGAUGAAAGAGUGGAAAGACGUACUUCCAUUGGUUGUGUCUUCCCUGGGUAACCAAGCCGAGAGCCAUGCCGCCAUCCUGGAUUUCCUCCGAAUCCUUCCCGAAGAGGUGACCGAAGGUCGCAAGAUCACCCUCAGUGAAGAAGAUUUAAAUCUGAGGACUAUCGAACUACUUUCGGACAAUGCGCCGCAGGUCGUACAGUUGCUGAUCAACUAUGCGCACUCGUCACCUUCUGCAGCAAAAAACCCACAAUUAUUGGAGUGCAUAACAUCUUGGUUGCGAGAGGUCCCAGUCACUGAUGUGGUGAACUCUCCUCUGCUGGACAUUGUCUUCAACGCCGUCGAAGGUGAUGAAGCCUUCCAAGAAGCGGCAGAGUGUCUGUCCACAAUGGUAAGAGAGACACGCGAGGUUGACGAGAACAUCGAGACCGUUCAAAAACUACUGCCCCGGGUUGUGGCUUUGCGGCCCAAGAUUCAAAAGGUUGUCGAGGAGGAGGAUGUCGAGGCAUACAAAUCCUUGACCCGUGUUCUUUCAGAUGCUGGUACAGCCUGGGUGGUGGCCAUCGCGCGAGAGACCACCGCCUUCCGCCCCUUGGUGGAUGCAAUUCUCGAAUGUGCCGCCAGCGACAAGGACAGAGAUGUCAUCGAAUACACCUUUGAUUUUUGGUACGAACUGAAGCAGUUGGUCGUGCUGGAACGUUUUAUUGAAGCGAGAAUGGAGCUUGUCGACGUCUAUUCCAAGCUGGUGGACAUUUUACUCAAGCAUCUACAAUACCCUCAGUCGGAAGAUGGGCGUGAUCUCCACCCACGAGACCUCUUUGACGGUGAUCUCGUAGCCGAAGAAAAGUUUCGUGAGUUCAGACACGCCAUGGGCGAUACCCUCAAGGACUCCUGCGAGGUCAUGGGUGUCACCGAGUGUCUAACCAAGGUACUCGAUGCUAUCAAGAUCUGGACACAAAAAUAUGCUAGUCAGGCGACUGCCACGUCAGUUCCGCACUGGCAAGAGCUUGAGGCCCCGUUGUUUUCUAUGAGAGCCAUGGGCCGCAUGGUCGGCAAAGACGAGAAUAUUGUCCUACCACAACUGAUGCCUCUGCUUGUGCAGAUCCCAGCACACGAAAAGCUGCGAUUCGCGACGAUCAUGGUCAUAGGAAGAUAUACCGAGUGGACUGCAGCUCACCCUCAAUUCUUGGAAGAUCAGUUCAACUACAUUGUCUCCUCCUUCCAGACUGAUUCCAAGGAGGUCAUUCGAGCCGCGGCAAUGGCCAUCAAGUACUUCUGCACGGACUGCAAGCAUCUUCUCAGUGCCCAGGUUGUACAACUGCAGCAGUUCUACGACAAGAUCCUCGACAACUUGCCCGACACGAGCCAAGAGGAGAUCACCGAGGGUGUUGCCAAUGUUGUCAGUGUUCAGCCAAAGGAUGAUAUUUACAGACUAUUGAAGCUGUAUUGCGAUCCUCUCAUGCAAAGACUGAUGACAAAGGCGAACAACGCAACCGAUGAUGAUGGCAAGCUUGCUGUCGCAGACCACUUGCAACUUAUUUCGAUAUUUGUCCAGCAAGUUGUCAUCGUCCCUCCUGUCAAUGCCGGGGAGGAAGACCCUGCAGUCAAGUACUGGAAGGAGGCAUUCCCGAUCCUCGCCACAGUUCUAGAUGGGUUCAUCGAUUUCGCACCGAUAUGCGAGCGAGUUUGCCGCUGCUGGCGAUUCAUGGUCAUUAGCCAUAGAGGUGCCAUGACCCCUAUUCUGCCAGACAUGGCCAACAAGCUUGCCGCUGGCUUCGAGAGGUCCCGGCAAGGCUGUUUCCUCUGGGUCACUGGCGCAAUCCUUCGCGAAUUUUCGGACGAUCGCGAGCAUGUUGACCAGGGCAUUACCGAGUCCAUCUAUGUCUUCUUUGAAGCACAAGCGACAAACAUGCUGCGCUUCAUUAGCGAACUCACUCCUCAGGAGCUGCCUGAUGUGGUAGAAGAUUUCUUCCGUCUCCUCAUUGAUACCCUUUUGUACUACCCUCAGAAGCUCAUUCCUUCGCAUCUCUUCACGCCCAUACUUGAGGCCGGCCUGUCCGUGCUUGGCCUGGAGCAGCGUGACCCCUUGACCGCUACACUCCACUACAUCAGAGACUUACUCUCAUGGGGAAGCAAGAACCCGCCAUCGUCCUCGGAACAUCUUGGCCCUUCGGUGGUAGAGCAGCUACGACAAAUUGUUCGGCAGCUGCUCACCGCCAAGGGGGAUGUCUUGGUGCAGCGCAUCCUAGCCGGCAUGAUGAUAACCUUCCCUCGGGAUUGCUUUGCCGAUGGUAGUGGCGCACUACUCACGCUUUUCGAGAUUAUGCCUGGCGAGGCAACCGUGUGGGUCGAGCAAACCAUGAAAUUGUUGCCUCCCGGAACUGUCACGCCGGCUGAUGUCCAACGCGUCAUGGUUAAGAUCAGGGAAAGGCUGCAAUCAAACGACAGCGGUGAUGUUAGACAGAUUCGCUCCAUCCUCCAGGACUUUACGAAUACCUACCGCCGGAGGUAUAUCGCGCCCCGUGACGGUCUGGGUCAGCUAGAAACAGCCCGCUUCCGAUUCUCGGGUUAG